AUGAAGGAGGCGGGCGGCCUCUCCGCCCCGCCCCCCAGCUCGUGCCCCGCGGGCUGCGCCGCGCUCAGCGCCGCCGUCGCCGCCGCGACCGGCCUGCCGAGCUGCGUGUGCCUCGCCUCGGCCGCCGGCCGCCUGCGCGGCACGGCGCAGCAGAUGCGCGCAGCGCUGAUCCCCGCGGUGGCGGGCGCGGCGCUCUCGCUCGUCGGCGCGACGUGGCUGCUUGCGCGCUGCGCGGCGGCGCUGGCGGUCGCGCGGCGGGAGCUGCGCGCGCGGAGGGCGCGCAAGGCGGCGGGGCUGCCUGUCGCAGAGGACGGCUAUGGCAGCGAUGGAAGGGUGAGGCGCUAA